AUCUGAAAAGCAUCACCGGAGCCUCUGGAUAAAGACCAGCCUCAUAGCAGGGCUAGGAGAGAGGAUUUCUGCUCAGUGCUAAGCGAGAAGCAGAUGUGAGGAAGCAGCAGCAUGGAACUCAAGAGAGGAAGGACCUUCAUAAAAUCCAGUGUGCAACACGAGAAAGUGCCACCAGCACACACCACUCCUACAAACAGAGAUGAUGUGGGCAAGGACAAAAGGGCUGCUCUGGAGGGAAAUCAAAGCGUAGCCCAAGUCCAGCUGGCGUGUUUGGCCACGCACAAGAACUACAGAUUUUCCAGCAGAACAGCAAGGAGUGGAGCUGGUGAGAACAGCCUGGAAAAGCCUUCUGGAACCUACUACAAACUCGUGAGGAAGAGUAAAACCCACGACUGUGUGAGUGAGGCUGAUAAAAGCGAGCGGUGCAGCCCGAGCAGCAGGGCUUGUGAGGAAGGGUUUGCUGCAAAGGGCAAGGGGAGACUUGUCAAUAGCGCCAGCUUUUCAGGGGUGUCCAGUUCCACCAGUAAGAAAGAGUGUGUGGCCAGCCCCAGCCCGCCUGCCUGCAGCAGCCAGAUGAUUGAUUACAGGAACUUUGUGCCACAGAUGCCUUUUGUACCGGCUGUUGCAAAAACUAUUCCCAGGAAGAGGAUAUCCCUCAAGAGGUCGAAGAAAGGGCUCAGAGAUAUAUUUCAUAUAAAGAAAAGUAAGCCAGAGAGCCUCACGUUCCUGGUUGACAAGGACAAGAAUCUGUCCUCUCCGGGCUGCAAGGGUGAGAUGCCUGGGCGCCUCGCAAAGUCCUUUUUCAAAACUGGAGAAACAUUUGCCAUUGAUUGCUUGUCCCAGGACUGCUCCGACAACGAGCUGCAGUCUGACUCUUCCUACGACUGCUGCAACGCUCUGUGUGAAGAUGUCGCAUCGCUGAAGAGCUUUGACUCCCUCACUGGCUGCGGGGAAAUCUUUGCUGACGAGAGCUCUGCUCACCUGGAGCUGGAGAGCAGCAAAGAAGUCCUGGUGAGACGGAGCAAGCACAAGGAGAGCCCCGUCAUGGGCUCCUUCCAGGGUGGUGUGGAGCAGCUGGCCUCCCCUGGCCAGAAUGAGGCCGUUGAAUUUGCAAAGUUUUGGGACAACAUUAACAAAUCAGUGAGGCUGCAUCAGAGCAUGCUGUUUGAUAAGAAGGUACUGAAGGUUCCCGGUUCUGAAAGGGGAAAAGCUGGAGGCCAGGCUGCUGCACCUGCCACGAGGCCCCAGACACCGCCUGAUAAAGAUGGGGACAAUUCCAAAGAGAGCUCCACAGAAACCGGAACGCCAAAAAGUGACAACCAGGAAUCCAUAUCCACAAGCGAUGAAGGCUACUAUGAUUCAUUCUCUCCUGGACAAGAUGACGAAGUGAAGGAAGCUCAGACUCCUGGGGUCCCAGGCAGAUUUCCAAGAGACAGCUACAGUGGAGAUGCCCUUUAUGAGCUCUUCUAUGACCCAAACGAAGUCAAAAUAAACCCGGUCAUGGAUGAUGACUUGUGUACAUCUGAAAGCAUUUCAGAACAAGCCAUUGAAAUCCCCUUGUCCAUCUACAGCUUUCAUGUUGGAGCUGAAGAAAACAUGGCUUCUCAGCCAGGUAUAGACAUUAUCAGCCAAGGAUUUUUCCACAGCACGUGGAAAGGCAAAGAAUGCUUGCUAAAGCUCUGUGAUACUGAGCUUUCACUAACAAUGGGGAUAAUAAACUGGCUGCGAAAACACGCGGGACUUGUUUCUUCCCCAGACUCUCUGCAGAGUCCCACAUCGCAGACAGAAAAGUGUAAUGACUCACUGGUCACUCGCAGUCCCAGCCCAGAGCAGAAAGUUAGCACAGAGGCUCAGCAGGAGAAAAAGAGCAAGGAAGAAUCUAAUUCAUCUCACCUGAGGGUGUUUUUGGAUGAAGGCAAGGCUGCAACCCAGACCUCUUCAGAAAAUGUUGGUGAAAGAGAUUCUUACACUCACACAGCUAAUGUGGCCUUCCAAGGAAGGACAGGGUGCCAACACCAGGACUCACCUACAGUGCCUGGCACUGUAGAAACCAAAGCAUCAAACUGUGCACCACAGUCACAGGCAAAUGGGGACGACAGACAUCCAUCUUCAACUGAGGAUGAGAAGGAGACGAUGCCAGAGGGAUGCCAGACACCAGGAGGUGAAAACCUGCUGACAGAAGGUUUGAGCAGACACUGUGGCUCACAGAGCUCUGAAAACCCUUUGCUAAACGACAGUCAUGACGUAGAGUCUUGUUAUUCCUACAAGACUGCUGCCACCUCACCCCUGGAUCCUCUGGAGAGGGAGGACAGAAGUGAAGUGAUGUACCACUCUUUGUCCAUCUGCGAUGAGCUGCUGCAGCCUCUUGGGCUUGGACAUUUCCAGGGCUACGUCAGCCCCACGCCGCGGGAGAGCAGUGCUGGCAUAGUGCAGCUCUUGGAGCACUGCAUGACACAAGUGGCAUCGUUAAAAAUCAGCUACGACAACAAGCACCUGGAAGACAACUGCAUUGGGAAUGACAUGAACAGUAUUAUCUGUAAGAUGUCUCAAUACAAAAACAAGCUGUUGUUGCAAAAUGAAUGCAACUGCACUGACCAAAAGCCAGAAUACUGCAAUAUUCCCUGCACAAAUCAAUACAAUUAUGAAACAGGCCUCCAAGCCAGCAAUCUGUAUAAUUUGAAGCAAAACAGGGAAAAAAUUUACUCUGAAGAGCAGAAAAGCAGAGCAAAAUUCCUAGAUGAAGUCACCAGGGGCAAGAUCAAUUUUGAAUAUGCCCAGCUAAAUAACAAAGCACUCUCCUAUUUAAAAGACUUCACGUUUGAGCUCAGUGCAGGCGAUUCGGUUCCCACAGCUCUCAGCAGGCCCACGUUCCUACCUCUCCCCGGUGCUCCCGCUACCUCACCAGCCACGCAUAGCCUGCCCAGCGCC